UCGACUCCAGCACUCACUGGGCGAAACAGUCAUUAGUUCCCAUUCUACUUUUGGACACCAAUGUGGCUGAGGCGUCUGUGGAACGUUGUUAACAAAGGCAAUGACGCGAGCGAGUGACGGAGAUGCAGGGGGAUCUAGGGUCCCAGCGGAGUUUCAGUGUGUUGGACCGACUCCUCCACACACACCCCGUCUGGCUGCAGCUGUCCAUCAAUGCUGACUCCGCCCUCUAUAUCCUGCUCAGAGAACCUGUCGGGACAUUCCUGGUGCGUAAGUGCAGCUCCAGCCAGAGGAAGUUGUUGUGUGUCAGAGUGACCGCAGACCGAGCAGCAUCCUCCAUUAAGGAGUGUCUCAUAUGUGAGGAAGACUCCACCUUUGCCUUGGAGAGCUCCGCCCUCAGCUUCCCAGACCUCUGCCGAUUGGUGGCCUUCUACUGCAUCAGCAGGGAUGUGCUGCCUUUUCCACUGGAGCUCCCAGAAGCCAUUGCUCAGGCCUCCACCCACAGGAAGCUGGAGGCCAUCUCCCAUAUGGGAUUAGAGUUCUGGAGUUCACUCUCUGACACCCAGAAUGGACCUGGGGAUCUACAGGCUCCACCCACCAUCAAGGCUUCACCCAUUACCACCAAGACUCCGCCCACCAGUGCUAUGCAGGUCAAGGCGGGUCUGUCCCAGGACCUGUGUUACCUGCUGUCCCGCGGCAGACAGGAGUCUCUCUGCUUCAUUAACCCUCUCUUUCUCCAGCUUGAGCAGCAACAGCAGCCGCAACAGUCGAUCCCGGGGGCGUCCCACAAACGCCACCGCUUCAAACGCAGCAUGAGGGUCCGUGUCUCUACAGAGAGCUCCAUGACUCUGUCUGGUUGUGGAGGUGGUGGAGGGGGGGCUGGGUCAUUCCCCUUGCCCCCACCGGAGAACCCCAAGGACCAGGAGAGGCUCCAGCCCACACCCCUCCAGCCCAGUCCCAAACCGCACAGAAAGGUCCAUCCUGGGGCUGGCGUCCUGAGGAAAACCCCUGCACUGUCCCCCAUGUCGGCCGAGGAUGAGGACCUUGUGCCUGUACCGCCAGCAGCUCCAACAGAUCCUCCAGUGGGGGAGGUAGAGGAGGACCCAUCUGCUCCAGAGGAGCCCAGCAUCGAAGAGGCGUGCUUGGCCUUGGAGGGCCACCCAGCCCCCUCUCUGGCCCAACUGGACAGCAGCAGCUCUUUCAGCAGUCUGGAGGAAGAGGACCCAGGAGCAGAAGCAGAGGACCAGUUCUUCAAACAACCAAACCCCAACCCUCAGCACCGCCCGCCCCUGGUGCGCUCUCGGGGGGGUCACGGAGGCCUGCAGAGGAUGAGCGCGGCGUUUGUGUGUUUCUUUGCUCCAGAGAAGAGGCUCGCUAGGCUGGUGGAGGAGCUAUCCAGGGAACGGAGGUCUGCGUUUGGUUCCUUGGUCCAGGAGUUCCUCCAGAAGCAGAAAGAGGAGCUGAGAGGGGUCUUGACCCAGGUUGCCUCUUCAUCAUCGUCUUCCUCGCCGAAGACCUCCUUGGCGGUGCUCCAGGGGCUGCGGUGCUUCUUGUCCCAGGCCAAGAGCUUCCUGCUGGACAGCGGAGAACUGUCGCCCCCCCUAGAGACCCUGGUGCCCGACAACGAGAAAGACAUAGCCCUGGAGAAGGCCAUGUUUGGCUGUGUGCUGAAACCUCUGAGGGUGCUGCUAGACCAGGCCCUCCUCUCCCUCCACAGACAGGACGGCUCCACCCAGCACCUGGCCUCUAGUCUCCUGGCCUGCCAAGAGGGGGCGAUGGAACGCCUCGGAGUGCUGGUGGGCGUGCCCGACACACGCGGAGUGGAGAGGGUGAGGCAGAAGCUGGGCCUCAUGCAGCGCACCCACUCACCCAUAGACAAGGUGCUGCUGCUGCUGCAGGUCUGCAAGUCGGUCCAGCAGGCCAUGGGGGCCCUCCACGAUGGUGGACAGGAAGUGAGCUCUGAGGACUUCCUGCCGGCGCUGUCCUAUGUGAUAGUGAUGUGUAACACGCCUCAGAUCCUACUGGAGGUGGAGUACAUGAUGGAACUACUAGAGCCCUCCUGGCUCACUGGGGAGGGUGGCUACUACCUGACCAGUGUCUAUGCCAGCCUCUGUCUGAUCCAGAGCCCUGAAGCGAAGGGGGACCAAGUCCCCCCAGGAGGUCUGACCCGCGAGGCCCUGGACGGGCUGAGGGAGUGGGGCCGCAGACGCAGCCUGGAAGCCAAGAGCAACCGUGAGAGACAACAGAACCAGAGGUGUGUUCGGGUACUGUUCCAGGACGGCGAGCGCAGUGCUGUGCGGACGCUGCAGUGGAGAGCCGGGGAGAGCAGCGAGGCCCUAGCCCGGCUCUGUGCCUCCACCUUCGGCGUCUCCGAGCCCCAGGACUACACCCUCUACUGGAGGUCCGGGGGGGAGAUGAGGACCCUUCCCACCCAGACACAGCCUCAGGACCUGGCCAGCCACAGUGAGGGAGGCCCCUCUCUCUCCUACCUUCGCACGGACCACGACUUCAGCAAGAUGCGGCGCCUGACCAGAGGGGGAGCUGUGGACCUGGGGGAGUCUGUGUGUGAGGAGUGAAGGAGGGAGGGCGAUGGAAGGAAGGAGGGCGAUGGAGGGAGGAAGAGGAGGUGGAAGAGUUCUUCUCGGAUCUCAGCGUUUUUCGAUUUAUUGAUUGAUUAAAAAAGCUGUGUUGUGUCUUGGACGUGUUGUCAUAACUACAGCUCUCACUAAAGACUAUGGGGCAAGUCUCAAUUGGCACCCUAUUCCAUAGUGGAGGUUUAAAAGUUGUGCACUGCACUGUAUGGGCUCUGGUAAAUAGGGUGUCACUUGAGACUCAGCCGUAGAGGAAGGGCAGAUUGGUUGUCUAUUAUUCACAUCACUUCUGUCAAUCUGCUGCUCCUUGGUUGGAACCAUAGAAUUAGAAUGAAUUCUAUAAAUGAUAUUUCUAUGUUCAGAACCCUGUUGUUAAGGGUUGGGGGGCC